GCCAUGGACUUAUAACCCUUUUGCUAUGCCAUGACUUUCCUUCGUCUCCCCUUUUCAUACGUUAAAAACUCGUCGCCACUCCUUUUUGCUUAUAUAAACAAAUCAUUUUUAGUCACCAUUUUAUUUAUACAAAAAAACCAUGGGAUCCAAAGCAGAGAAAGAAUGGAGUUCCACAUCAAAGCUACCAUUAUUUUCAUCCCCACAUGCACACAUGCAAUCACCGGAAAAACAAUGGGUUUUAACCCCACCACACCAUGCUUUAGCCUCGGUUCCGUUCCGGUGGGAAGAAGAACCAGGGAAACCCAAACCAUGUUGCACAACAACACUCACCACUACUUAUGACUUGGGUCGAAAGUGCUUGGAACUGCCUCCUAGGUUGCUGAUACUGGAUGCUGCUAAGAACACCGCCGGCGGCAAGCUUUAUUCGCCGACCACGGUGUUGGAUGGUCCUUAUAUGGGCAAGGCUAGGUUUCAGUCUUCUUCUUUUAGGAUAGGAAGUGAGUGUUAUGGGUCGUUUCGUAGUGGUAGUUUUAGUCCUGAAAAUAUGGUGGUGCACGGUGGUAGUGGUGGUGGUGCCAUGGUGGUUAGUAGCAAGAGAGUGAAGAGAGAUAAAGGGUUUCUUGGUUCUCGAAGAAGGGAUGUUUUCCCAUCUUUUGGAGAUGAAUAUGGUAGCAGCUUUAACACUCUUUCUCGUUCCAAAUCUCAUUUCUGGAAAAGUUGUUUGAUGGACAUGACAGGGAAGUAUCUAUCAAGGCUUAAAGCAAGUGGUUCCAUGGAGCAAAAGGGGAAAGAAGGAUAGGUUUAUGGCCUGAUCUUUCUAAUCCAAGGCAAACCCUAUUUUAUAACAUGAGGUUGAAAUGAACAGAAUUACCUGUGUCGGCUGCAGUAGUGGUCAAAAUAUUAAUCCAUUUAAGCAGCUUGAUAUUUUCCUGUAAAUGAAAGUGACUAAUUAAAUGUAAUAUAUAUCUACUUUUAUUUGGAUGGCUAUGGCUAUGGCUAUGGCUCUAA